AUGGUUCUUCCUUCUAUUUUAUUGAGUGCUUUGAUUUCAAGCUCAUUAGUUGACGCAUUGUUGCCAAUUCAUACCAAAGGUGGUAGAUUUAUUCAACCAUCUUCUCCAAAAAAUGAUGCUAGUGAUAACACAGUGUUUUUUGUUAGAGGUAUUGAUUAUCAACCAGGCGGUUCUUCGUCAUAUAGUUCGAAAUCGGGCAAGGAUGCUUUAACGGAUGAAGAGUUAUGUGCUAGGGACGCUUUUGUAUUCCAACAAUUGGGAAUCAACACGAUCAGAAUCUAUUCUUUGAACCCAGAUUUAAAUCAUGAUAAAUGUAUGACGAUUUUAAACAAUGCCGGUAUCUAUGUUAUUUUAGAUGUAAACUCUGGUGAAUGGGGUGAAAGUUUGAACAGAGCUGACCCAAGCGGUUCAUACAAAGAUUACUAUUUGGAGCGUGUGUUCAAAUUUAUUGAAGCAUUCAAGAACUAUCCAAACGUUAUUGGUUUCUUUUCCGGUAAUGAAAUUAUUAAUGACGAUGAAGAUUAUGCUGAGAUCGACCCUCCUUAUAUCAGAGCUGUGCAAAGAGAUAUGAAACAAUAUAUCGAAAAGCACUCCAAUAGAUCUAUCCCUGUUGGUUACUCUGCAGCUGAUAAUGUUGAUUUAAGAGUUGCAACUUAUGAUUAUUUGCAAUGUAACUCUUUGAAUGGAUCCAGAGUCGAUGAAGCUUUACAAACUUCUAGAUCUGAUUUCUACGGGUUGAACACUUAUGAAUGGUGUUCUGGUAUCUCUGACUGGACCUCUUCUGGUUACGAUAAACUAGAGUCUUCUUUCAAGAAUGGUAGCAUUCCAGCCAUUUUCUCUGAGUUUGGUUGUAUCACUGCUGGCGAAAGAAGUUUCGAUGAAGUUUCUGAAGGUCUAUACGAUGGUUUGUUGGAUACGUUCUCUGGUGGGUUAGUCUACGAGUACUCUGAAGAAGCAAACAACUAUGGAUUGGUCAAGAUUGACGAUGAUGGUAACAUUGAAUUUAAAGAUGAUUUUGAAAACUUAAAGAGCCAAUACGAAAAAUUGGAUCUACCAACAAUCAAAGAAAGUGAUGUUGAGGAUGUAGAAGUUUUAACUUGUGAUGCUAGUAAGAUCAAAGAUGAGAAUUCCAAGUUUGGAACAAAUGACUUCGAAAUUCCAGAUCAACCAUCUGAGAUCACUGAUUUGAUUAAAAACGGUGUCGAAGUUGAAAAUGCUGGUAAGAUUUUGACGGAUUACGAUGCCCCAACUACCUUUAACUACACCAUCAAGGAUGCUCAAGGUAAAGUAGUCGAUGCUACAAUUACUUACCCAGCUUCCAACACUGUUAACGAGUUGAGUGCUACUGCUACUUCCUCCUCCUCCUCAUCAAGUUCAAGCACCAGUGCAUCUUCCACCACCUCCUCCUCUUCCAAGAGUUCAGGUGGUGCAAUAGGUACAUUCCAAAUGAAUACUGGUUUAUUAACCGUUGUUGCUGGUGUUAUUUCAGCUUUACUAUAG